AUGGAUACAUUUUUGCGAGAUCUCCGCCGCCGGCAAGGUCUACAGAGAGUUGUCCAUCGCCUCACCGGCCUCGCCUACGCCUUGAAGGAAUUCCGCGAUGAUUCCUCCCAACGCCACCAAAUCAGCGCCGAUAUCCAGAUCCUCAAGGAAUUGGAUCAUCCCAACCUCGUCAAAUGCUACGACGUCGUUUUUGGCGAUGCCGGUGUCAGUUUCCUCCUCCUCGAGCCCUUGGAUCGCGGAUUUACCGACGUCACCUGUGAAUUCGAUCUAGUUACUUUCGCUUACCAGCUUCUUUCGGGCUUGAAUUUCCUCCACCGGAAUAGAAUCCGGCAUGGGGAUAUCAAACUCUCCAAUAUUUUCGUCGAUCAUACCGGCCAAGUCAAGCUCUUGUAUUUGGGGAAUACUUUGUCUAAUACGACGCCGUUUUCUCCUGAAAUUGGAGCAAUGCAUGAUGAAUUCUCGUGGGAUGUGUGGAGUGUGGGGUUGUGUGUUCUCAAAUUGGGCAAAUCGUCUGGCAGAUUCAGUGAAAGUGAGGAUGUUCAGAAACAGCAUGUGAAUUUGUGGACACCGUCGACGGAGCUGCUGAGGUUUCUCUCAGCUUGUAUGCAGGCAGAUGUAUUGAAGAGAAGGACGGCGGAACAACUUGUUCACCAUCCCUUCUUUGAUCAGCUUUCACACAAGAAAGAGGUUCAAUUGAACAAACAGAUUCAACUUCCACCAAUAAACAAAGAGUCUUAA